CUGAGCGCAGUACAAAGAGAGCGAAACGAAAGGCAGCAGCAGUGAAACAAACAGCAUCCCUCCAGCACAGAUAAAGAGAUAGAGACGCAGGAUAGAGAGAGAAAGAGAUCAGCAAGACGGACGGAGAAGACUCCCGAGAGUUCCCGGGACGGGGCUUGCACAGAGAGUCAGACAGAGAAAGAAAGAUAUUUUGAAUCCUCUUGGCAUGUGAGUGUGUCCCUUGACGCUUGGCGCUGUGUGCAGUUGUAACGAGUGUGUGCGGGGAAGAGUUGUCCUGGCGACAUCAGGACAUUUUGGUACGGGAAUGUGGUGCAGCUAAGCCAGGUCGGCCAGGAAGGAAGGAACACCUAUCAGCAUGCUGGGGAAGGAUUACAUGCUCGCCAUCAUCAUAGUCAAUUAUGACGACAACAUCUGGAACGACCCGAGUCUUGAUCUGGACACUGACCUGCCGUCAGGGUGGCGCACCAUCCGGGACAGCACUGGCACCUACUACUGGCACGUGCCUACAGGCACCACACAAUGGCAGCACCCAUCCUACAGCAAUGAGGAGGACCAGAGCGCCGUCAAUGGCGUCACUGCCACGGACCUCAAGAGCCUGGAGGCUGGUGGCAGACGUGGCUCAAGGGCAAGGCUGACAGAGAGCCCAGUGGCCUCCGUAAAUGACAGGAUCUCCUGGCAGGACGAUUAUUUCUGCACCAACAUGGAUCCUGACUCCAAGUGUUUUGCGGUGCGCUCACUGGGCUGGGUGGAGAUCCCAGAGGAGGAGCUGACCCCGGGGAAGAGCAGUCUGGCUGUCAAUAACUGCAUCCAGCAGCUGUCCAGCAGCAAGGCUGAGGGCCGCGAUGCACUAGGCGCCUGGGGAGAGGGCCAGGACAUGAUGAUGGUGCUGAAGAAGGACACCCUUAGCCUGAUGGACCCAGUGGACCGCAGCCUUAUCCACUGCCAACCUAUCAUCAACAUCCGUGUGUGGGGCGUGGGAUGCAACAACGGCAGAGACAGAGACUUUGCCUUUGUGGCCAGUGACAAAGACACCUGUAUGCUGAAGUGCCAUGUGUUUCGCUGCAGCGCCCCAGCAAAAACCAUCGCCACGGCUUUGCAUGAAAUGUGCUCAAAGAUCAUGGCAGAGAAGACGACUAGAAGCCCAUCUAUGGCCCGCUCCCUCACAAUGGAGAACAUCUCCCCUGAGGACCUGCCACGUCAAGUGGACUUCCUGGAUGCAAUGAGGAAAAGGGUGCAGAAGUUUGAGGUGCAGUACAUCGGAAACCUGCCUGUCUCCAGGGCGAUGGGUAUGGAGGUGCUGAACCGGGCCAUAGAGAGCAUCAUGAACACCUCAGACAGUGACGAGUGGGAGCCCAUCGUCAUCCACAUCUCCGACACUGUGCUUUCACUCUGGAAAGGAGAGGAUGGAGAUGAUCCCUUCUGGGAAUGUCAAGUGCGUUACCUGACCUUUCUGGGUGUGGGCCAUGACACACACACCUUUGCGGUGAUAGUGGACUGCGGGACGCAGCGGUUUGAAUGUCAUGUUUUCUGGUGUGAGCCGGACGCAGGGAUCAUCUCUGAGGCUGUGCAGGCUGCGUGCAUGGUCCAGUACCAGAAGUGCUUGGUGGCCCAGACUCCACCACCCAGGUCCAAAAUGUGGCAGGCGGGUUCCAAGGUGAAGAGGGCCAACUCCAUGGACGGCUUCACUUUCCCAGCUCCCCUUCACCAAGGACUGUCCCCACCCAUGACUGGCUCCUCCACAGCCAAAAAGGGCAUGCUGGCGUUUUUUGAGACUUUCAGAAAUAAACAGUCAGCAGUUUCCACACCAUAACAACCAGAUAGAGAGGGAGGCGGGAGGGAGCAAGUGAGAGAAGGGGACUUGGGUAAAGGGAGGUACGGCAAAUCAGUUUUAGGGCGAAGGGUAGAAUGUAUAACAGAUGUAUAACCAGCCAUUAGAAUGUGAAGAUUGAAGGCCAGCUGAGUUUCUAUUUGACCAGGCAAGGAUGACCAUUAUCUUAAACAAAACAAACUUUUUCUGCAUUUCUGCUUCUACUGUGUUUCUUUGGGUAUACGACAUAUCUCAACUAGACUGGUUUGUGGUACAGAUUUAGAAAAGAACACUGAGGUGCUGUACUCUCACAUUCCACACCUUUCUUAUCAAGGAAGAGUUUAAGUCAUUAGGAUCUUGACUUGUGCUUUUAUUGCAAAAUACCAUCAAAUACACAACAAUGGCUCCCUGGUUCUAGGUGAAACAUACAGUAGCAAAAAAAUAUGGUGCAGUAAUUGACUACUCUUUAAUAUAGUUAUCUGAUAUUGAACAUCAGCAAAAUGUAACAGUGACCUCAUUCUUGUACAAUCAAUGUAGCUGGGUAGGUUGUGUUAAAUACGUAUACUGUUCUUUUUAAUAAAUGUAAAGGAAUCUUUAACUUCAGAUAUAUUCAUAGAAGUGUGUCAACUUAUAGCCUAUAGUCCCUCUGACAGUUGACAACAAAUAGAUUUAAAAUGUGAGAUUAGGCAUCAUAAAGAUGGGAGAGAAGAUAUCACACUCUACAUUCCUCCAUUAUUCAAAUUAGACGUGGCAAAAUCGAGAAUCAGACCUACGAACAUCCUAGACCCCAGUUUGUCAACAGCAAAUGAAGUCCAAUCAGAUCUGGGCUUUGGUACAAUUUUGACGCAGCAUACUCAGAAAGAAUCCCUUUGAGCAGGAUUCAGGAGUGGCACCAGUGCCACAGUGGUCUUCACAUUAGAGUGAAGGAGAAGGUGUUUUAUUUCUGUUCUGGAAAAGGUUUGUGUUAGUACAAGCAGCACAAAAGGCAUAAAAGUGUAAAAAGGCAUAAAGGCAUAAAAGUGUAAAAAUAAAGAUUUAGAAAGGUAUGUAGACAGUCCCCCGAAGCGCUACAGAAGCACUGCAUGCUUUCGCACAUGCCUGGGAAUGAAAUGCUUUGCUCAGGUACUUUCCAUGCUAUUGGCAAUGAAAAAAAAAGAAAGACCGACUCUCACUAGUAAAACUGAAAACACUUAGAAAUCAAGUCAAUGACUAAACUCUAAAUGCAAACAGUCCCCACCACUGAACGCCUGUGUUGUGUUGCUCCUAUUGGAGGACACGCUAAACAGCAUUUUCACUUGAGAAAACACCAAAACACACUGAAUCCCCCCCAAAAUACAGACUUACUUGCACUGCAUUGAAUUAAGUAUGGGGGGAGGGGGGAAAGGCACUUGGUUUAUUGCAUGCUGAUUUUCAAAGUAAUUUGCGACAGUAGGCCCACUGUAUGCUGUGAAACACUUGGGCACAUAAAAGGAAUGGCACUUCAGAGAGGUCAUACUAUAUAUUACCGAUAUGCAACAGCUCCCCUCCCCCAUUCUAAAUAGGCAUUAUAUGAGAAAACAACUCAGGUCUUCAUAUUUAGUGGAAGGUUCAUGUCAAAGUUGGAAGAAUGAAAAGGUGGAGCUUUGGCGUAAAAUAACAUGGGUGGAGAAGUGAAAUACGUUUAAUCCAGGAGAAUUUGGGAGAGGUGAUGUCAUAAAAAUGCUAAUGUAGCACCUUGAGAUUUUUUUUGUUUCUGCUAUUUAUACUACUAGUAAAUACAUAUGUCUCUCUCUAUAUAUAUAUAUUUGCAAUAUUUUAGCACAAAAGAAAAUAGGAUGUCAUGUAAAUGCAAACUAUUUUAAAUUGUGAUUAUUUCUCGCAGUUGUACCUUACUUGGUCCACACUGUGGUGGUCUAUGCUGGAAUAAUAAAUUGCUUGGAAAUCCUG